AUGUCCGGGGUUUCUGAGGCCCUGAGCCGAGUGAAGGUGGGCACGUUACGUCGACCUGAAGGCCCCCCAGAGCCCAUGGUGGCAGUGCCAGUAGACGUGGAAAAGGAAGACGUGCGGAUCCUCAAGGUCUGCUUCUAUAGCAACAGCUUCAACCCGGGGAAGAACUUCAAACUAGUUAAAUGCACUGUGCAGACCGAGAUCCGGGAGGUCAUCACCUCCAUCCUGCUGAGCGGGCGGAUCGGGCCCAACAUCCAGCUGGCGGACUGCUACGGGCUGAGGCUGAAGCACAUGAAGUCGGAUGAGAUCCACUGGCUGCACCCGCAGAUGACCGUGGGCGAGGUGCAGGACAAGUACGAGUGUCUACACAUGGAAGCUGAGUGGAGGUAUGACCUUCAAAUCCGCUACCUGCCGGAGGACUUCAUGGAGAGCCUGAAAGAAGACAGGACCACACUGCUUUAUUUUUACCAACAGCUCCGCAAUGACUACAUGCAACGCUAUGCCAGCAAGGUCAGCGAGGGCAUGGCCCUGCAGCUGGGCUGUCUGGAGCUCAGGCGGUUCUUCAAGGACAUGCCCCACAACGCACUGGACAAAAAGUCCAACUUCGAGCUCCUGGAGAAAGAAGUGGGGCUGGACCUGUUUUUCCCAAAGCAGAUGCAGGAGAACUUAAAGCCCAAGCAAUUCCGAAAGAUGAUCCAGCAGACGUUCCAGCAGUAUGCCUCGCUCCGGGAGGAGGCGUGCGUCAUGAAGUUCUUCAACACCCUUGCAGGCUUUGCCAACAUCGACCAGGAGACCUAUCGCUGUGAACUCAUUCAAGGAUGGAACAUCACUGUGGACCUGGUCAUUGGCCCUAAAGGCAUCCGCCAGCUGACAAGUCAAGAUGCAAAGCCCACCUGUCUGGCCGAGUUCAAGCAGAUCAAGUCCAUCAGGUGCCUCCCGCUGGAGGAGGGCCAGGCGGUACUGCAGCUAGGCAUUGAAGGCGCCCCUCAGUCCUUGUCCAUCAAAACCUCCUCUCUGGCAGAGGCCGAGAACAUGGCUGACCUCGUAGACGGUUACUGCCGGCUGCAAGGGGAGCACAAAGGCUCCCUCAUCAUUCGACCCAAGAAAGAUGGUGAGAAGCGGAACAGCCUGCCCCAGAUCCCCACACUAAACCUGGAGACUCGGCGACCCCACCUCUCAGAAAGCUGCAGCAUAGAAUCAGACAUCUAUGCAGAGAUUCCCGAUGAGACCCUGCGAAGACCAGGAGGCCCACAGUAUGGCAUUGCCCGGGAAGAUGUGGUCCUGAAUCGUAUUCUUGGUGAAGGCUUUUUUGGGGAGGUCUACGAAGGUGUCUACACGAGUCACAAAGGGGAGAAAAUCAACGUGGCCGUAAAGACCUGCAAGAAAGACUGCACUCUGGACAGCAAGGAGAAGUUCGUGAGUGAGGCAGUGAUCAUGAGGAACCUGGAGCACCCGCACAUCGUGAAGCUGAUCGGCAUCAUUGAAGAGGAGCCCACCUGGAUCAUCAUGGAGCUGUACCCCUACGGGGAGCUGGGCCACUACCUGGAGCGAAACAAGAACUGCCUGAAGGUGCUCACCCUUGUCCUGUACUCGCUGCAGAUCUGCAAGGCCAUGGCCUACCUGGAGAGCAUCAACUGUGUCCACAGGGACAUCGCUGUCCGGAACAUCCUGGUGGCCUCCCCUGAGUGUGUGAAGCUGGGGGACUUUGGCCUUUCCCGGUACAUUGAGGAUGAGGAGUAUUACAAAGCCUCUGUGACGCGUCUCCCCAUCAAAUGGAUGUCCCCCGAGUCCAUUAACUUCCGCCGCUUCACGAUGGCCAGUGACGUCUGGAUGUUUGCCGUGUGCAUGUGGGAAAUCCUGAGCUUUGGGAAGCAGCCCUUCUUCUGGCUGGAGAACAAGGAUGUCAUCGGGGUGCUCGAGAAGGGGGACCGGCUGCCCAAGCCUGACCUCUGCCCACCCGUUCUCUACACCCUCAUGACCCGCUGCUGGGACUACGACCCCAGUGAGCGGCCCCGCUUCACUGAGCUCGUGUGCAGCCUCAGUGACAUUUAUCAGAUGGAGAAGGACAUCGCCAUAGAGCAGGAGAGGAACGCUCGCUACCGACCUCCCAAAAUCUUGGAGCCCACAGCCUUCCAGGAGCCCCCACCCAAGCCCAGCCGGCCCAAGUACAGACCCCCUCCACAAACCAACCUUCUGGCACCCAAGCUGCAAUUCCAGGUCCCUGAGGGUCUGUGUGCCAGCUCACCCACGCUCACCAGCCCUAUGGAGUAUCCAUCUCCCGUAAACUCUCUGCACACCCCACCUCUCCACCGGCACAAUGUCUUCAAGCGCCACAGCAUGCGGGAGGAGGACUUCAUCCGACCCAGCAGCCGAGAGGAGGCCCAGCAGCUGUGGGAGGCCGAGAGGCUCAAGAUGCGGCAGCUCCUGGACAAGCAGCAGAAGCAGAUGGUGGAAGAUUACCAGUGGCUGAGGCAGGAGGAGAGAUCCCUGGACCCCAUGGUUUACAUGAAUGACAAGUCCCCGUUGACCCCAGAGAAGGAGGUCGGCUACACGGAGUUCACGGGACCCCCAGAGAAGCCGCCGAGGCUGGGCGCGCAGUCCAUCCAGCCCACAGCCAACCUGGACCGGACCCACGACCUGGUGUACCUCAACGUCAUGGAGCUGGUGCGGGCUGUGCUGGACCUCAAGAAUGAGCUCUGCCAGCUGCCCCCCGAGGGCUACGUGGUGGUGGUGAAGAACGUGGGCCUGACGCUGCGGAAGCUCAUCGCGAGCGUAGACGACCUCCUGCCCUCCUUGCCGUCGUCUUCGCGGACAGAGAUCGAGGGGACCCAGAAACUGCUCAACAAGGACCUGGCGGAGCUCAUCAAUAAGAUGCGACUGGCGCAGCAAAACGCGGUGACCUCCCUGAGUGAGGAGUGCAAACGGCAGAUGCUCACCGCCUCCCACACGCUGGCUGUGGAUGCCAAGAACCUGCUGGACGCCGUGGACCAGGCCAAGGUUCUGGCCAACCUGGCCCAGCCGCCAGCAGAGUGA